UGACGCCACUGUGCUCGUAUGUAGCAGUUCCAGGUCAUGCACAAAAAAGGAAAACAAUCGAGACUGAUGAAGUGCUUUGACAGCAUGUUUCUACUUUUUGCCGGUGCUGUACUUACAAAUUGGUGCUAGUGGAGCGCACCACUUUGUUAAGGCCAUGCUUAAAACGGAGAGAGUCCUAUUUCUCAAAAACUACAAAGGCAAGAGUAUCCGAGUUGUUAGAGAGCACUAUCUGAGAGACGAUAUUCCAUGUUAUAGUGCACUUUGCCAAGCAGGCUGUCACAACGAUGGGAAGCUGCUGCCGGAUGAUCUUACUCAUUAUGUUGUUCCUGACUGGAGGGUUGUAUUGGAUUUCUUGGAGAUUCUGGAAUUUGUAGACCUGAGAGGAAAUAUAAUCACUCAAACUGCAUGUCAGGCUGUUCAACACAAAAAAGGAAACAGAUACUACAACAAGCUGCGAAACCUCUUAAAGGAUGCCCACCAUGAUUGUAUUCAGUUCUGCAAUGAGUUUCAGAGGUUCUCCUACUGUCCAAGGGAAAAAGGAGAAUCCAUAGACAAAUGGCAGAGCAGGUGCAUUUACAGUGCAGCUGUGUGGUACUACCACCAUCUUGUCUGCCAGAUGCCGGUUAUUAUGGUCACAGAAGAUGAAGAUAUCAUAGAAAAGUAUAAGAAUGAAACACAAGGCGUGUUUGUAAUAUCUUUCAAGGAUUACUUGGAAGACUUUUGCCCUGAUCUUACAGCUGCUCAUGAACUAUAUGACUCAAUCAUUCAGUCUUUGAGGCUGCGGGAUGCUGAAAGCAAGGCGGCGUUGGGCAAAGAAUACCCUGAACAUCUCUCAGUGGAUGCUCUGCUGGCUGGAAUCAAGUCCAGAAGAUACAUUCAGGGUAUUCUGAAUGUGAACAAACACAGAUCCCAAGUAGAAGCGUUUGUGCGUCUGGAAGGAGAAACUGCUAAAGAUUCUGAAUUAAGCAGUGAUGUUCUAAUUAAUGGCAUGAAGUGUCGAAACCGUGCAGUCCAUGGCGAUGUGGUAGUUGUGGACCUGCUACCCAGAAGUGAAUGGAAAGGAAGAAUCACUGGCCUUUGUGACAAUGAGAACGAUGACAAAACAUCAUCAGAAAUCCUCAGUGAACCCAUGCCUACAGGAAAGAUUGUAGGCAUUCUUCAGAGAAAAUGGCGGGAUUAUGUUGCAUCCUUCCCUCCCAAAGAAGAGAGACAGUCUCAGGGUAAAAAUUCUCGACGGGUUCUAGUCACGCCAUGGGACUACAGGAUUCCCAGAAUUAGAAUCAGCACUCAUCAAGCAGAGACUCUUCAAGAUUACCGAAUUGUAGUACGCAUUGAUUCUUGGGAGUCAACAUCAACAUAUCCAAAUGGGCAUUUGGUUAAGGUUCUGGGCAAAAUGGGUGAUCUGGAGACAGAAAUUCAGAGCCUUCUGGUGGAGAAUAGCAUUUCAGUUGCACCUUUCUCAGAUGCACAGAUGCGGGAGAUGCCUCUAAUUUCUCCAGAGAAACCCUGGACUGUGAAACCAGAUGAUGAAGUGGAGCGUACUGAUUUGCGAAAUACUCACUUGGUAUUCAGUAUUGACCCAAAGGACUGUGAAGAUGUUGAUGAUGCACUGUCUGUAAAAAGAUUAGACAAUGGGAAUUUGGAACUGGGUGUUCACAUUGCUGAUGUGACACAUUUUGUGAAAGUAGGGUCGCUUACCGAUUUAGAAGCCAGAACAAGGGCUACAACUUAUUAUUUAGCUGAUCGUCGUUAUGAUAUGCUGCCUUCCAUUUUAAGUGCAAAUCUGUGUUCCCUUCUUGGAGGUAAGGACAGGUUUACAGUGAGUGUCAUGUGGGAACUGGAUGAAGCUUAUGAAGUAAAGAAGGUGUGGUAUGGUAGAACCAUUAUCCAAUCCGCAUACAAACUUUAUUAUGAGGCAGCUCAAGCAUUACUGGAUGGUGAUACUGACAUCGUGAAUGAGAUUUCUGAGUUAGAGGAGCUGGAUGACAGCACAAAACAACAGAAAGUGAAUGACUUGGUGGAGGCAUUACGUACCCUCACUGAUAUUGCUCAUCACAUCCGAGCCAAGCGUAACAUUUCUGGUGCUUUAGAAUUAGAGGGGGUUGAAGUCAAAGUGCAGCUGGGUGAUGACAAAAGCAUUGAUGAUCUUGUACCCAGGCAGCCACUGGAAGUGCACGAGACCAUUGCUGAGUGUAUGAUUAUGGCUAAUCACUGGGUAGCAAAGAAAAUAUGGGAAAGACACCCUCAUUGUGCCUUAUUACGAGCUCACCCUCCACCUCGGCAGGAGUUAUUCUCACACCUGAUUACAUGUGCUAAAGUCAAAGGCUUUACCAUAGACACACGUUCAAAUAAAUCAUUGGCAGACUCUCUUGACAAAGCAGUGGAUCCAAAUGACCCAGUUGUGAAUAAGCUCUUGCGUUCUAUGGCAACUCAGGCAAUGUCCAAUGCACUGUACUUUUCCACUGGAUCCUGUCAUGAGGAUGAAUUCUGUCAUUAUGGACUUGCUCUAGAUAAAUACACUCAUUUCACCUCACCGAUCAGGAGGUAUGCAGAUGUUGUGGUGCACAGAUUACUGCUAGCAGCCGUGUUGAAUGGUCAGAGUUUAAAUACUGAGGCGUAUUUGAAUAGUAACAAAGAGCUAGAAGAACUGUGUCAUCAUAUCAACAGCAGAAAUAGGGCAGCACAGCAUGUCCAAAAACAAUCAACGGAGCUGUUCCAGUGCAUGUACUUUAAAGACAGAGAUGGUAUGACAGAUGAGCAGUGCAUUGCAGAUGGCGUUGUUUAUUCAGUCCAAGCCAAUGGAGUACUGAUUUUCAUUCCAAGGUUUGGGAUUAAAGCUGCUGCAUAUCUGAAAAACAAAGAAGGUCUUGUGAUCUCAGUACAGUCAGAUGGAAAAUGUGAGUGGGAACCUGGAUCCCUGCAACGCUAUGAAGACAGGAUUAUAUCCACCACAAGUGGAAGUUCAGCUACCUUUUCCUUAUUUGCACAUGUCACGGUCCGAAUAUCUGUACAGACAUCCCGGUACCAUGCUGAUAGUAUCCGACUGGAGAUCAUUAGCAACAAACCGUGUGAAAGCUUGGCAAAUGAUAAUUUAGAAGGGGGAUCACCAAACACAGAAGCAGAACUUGUCAGGGAGGUUACAAGAUCUGCAGAGGAUGCUCAACUUGCCCAAGAAGAAGCAAAUGUCACAACAUUUCAGGAUGAAGUCCAAGAGUAUCGUCAGACGGGAAGAAACUUGUACACCUUCUUUGAAGAAAUAAGAGAACUAGCAUUGCUAGAUGUAUCUACUGGUUAAUAUCUGUGGUAACUUUUAUUUGCUGCUAUUUUGAAUGUAUAUAGUAAAACUAAUGUAUAUUCCUUUUUUAAUAUUGCUUUAGCUUACUAGCCAUUAGUUACAGACUGGGUCUGUAAGAUGAACAAACGUUAUUUUAAACUGCUGUUUUGAGUUUAUUUUGCAUACAGUUGUCAGCUGCAUUUAGUUGUGAAGGGUACAUCGGAAUCUGCUUUUAUUUUGCAGUAGUAUUUUAUUUGGAACAAGUUAGAAACUUGCAACUGAAAGAAUGGUUGAACCUUAUUGCACUGCUAAAGACAUUGAGAGUAAAAAUGUAACCAUUAUACUACUAAGGACAUAAACUUUUUCUUUUUUUUUUUUUAUGGACAUAGCCUCGUUUUAAGUCUGAGGCUGGUCCUGGUUGUAUACUUGAUGUGCAGAACUAUUUAGCAUCGGACUGUAGUUUGGCUAUGUUUUAUCAUCUUUUAUAACAGAAAUAGAGUCCCAUGCAGCUAGCAGUUGGCAGUCUGUCAUAUACAUUUUUUUUUAUCAGUACAGACUCAGUGGCGCACUCCUUCUAUAUAUUGAUAGUCUUAGAAACGUUUCCAUGUAAAGUGUUUGUCUUUUCUGGACUUACUGCACUGCUUGAAGCUGUAUUCCUGGGAGAAAUGUAUUCUUAAAUGACAUCUAACUGGGUAUUAGAAAAAAAAAACUCUUGGAUAAUGGACUACUUACUGUGCCUUAACCUCUUUAUCCAGCAUCCAUCACUGGCUCCUGUAGUGACCCUUUGAACAGCCAUUGCCAUCCACAUAAUUUAUUAGACAAAUUAUGGAAUGUAAGUAAGUUACUAGACCUUUCCUCUGUAUCUGACACAGACACACACACACACACACACACACACACUUACACAUACUUGCACAGUCACCAGUCCACCUAUUGCACAACUUUGGGAUACGAGAUGAAACUGAAAUACCAACAGAAAACCCACUCGAACACAGGGAGGACAUGUGCUUGGCACAAAAGGAACCCCAGCUGAGAAGUGAACCAGAGUAUUUCUUGCUGUGAGGUGACAGUGCUACUCAUGGUUCCAGUAUGCCAAUCAUGAUUACACUGUACUGUUGUAAAAUCAGUGAGAUCAGUCUCAGUCAAUCCAUCAGCAAACAGGCAAAACUUGCUGUGCAGCUCCUUGUCUCCUGCUGUAGCAGUGGAGGAGUUGUAACAUAUGUAUAAAUUUAAGGAAAGUUAUUCCAGUCAUUGGAUAUCAUAUUGUAGACAUAAAUCAGAGCCUAGGAACAGGAGCUUACUCGUCUGGGAAAAGCAUGCAAAAUGAGUCACAUGUAUGUCUGAGUGAGUGAGUUUUAAUACGUAACAAAUAUCUGCUGUGGUAACAAUUCUAUAGGGAAAAAAAGUCACACAAACAGACUUUUACGGUCCUGCUAACAGUUUAGCUUGCUUAUUCUAGUACUACGUGAUGCUGUAUAGUAGUUUACAGAUUUAUUUUCA